UUGGCUGAAAUUGGUCCCUAGAAUUUGUAGUUUAUUUUUUCACGUUAAAUUUUUAGGUUAGGUUAUGUAUUUUUGUGAAGUGUGGGCAAAAAAGCAAUACAUAUAUUAAUUAAAUACUAUACAUACAAUGCAAGCCAUAGGUGUUACUUGGAGAAAAAUAGCAACAAACAUACGGAAAUCCAGUUCAAUUACAAGGUUAAGGAAUAUAGGGACGGUUGCUUUCAGUAAUAAAUAUUUGCUGUACACAAAUGUGACCAUUUCUAUAAGUUUAUCUGCAGUGGGUGAUUUAUUAGAACAGACCUAUGAAGUGUAUACAGAAGAUAUGGAUAAAUAUGACUUCAAACGGACUUUGCAUAUGGGAUUCUCUGGUGCGGCCGUAGGAGUGCUGUGUCACCACUGGUAUAAAGUGCUAGAUAGGUUUAUUAUAGGCAAGACUACAGACAUGGUGAUAAAGAAACUACUUUUAGACCAAGUGAUAUUCUCUCCAAUAAUGAUAGUCACAUUUUUUGGAAGCUUAGCCCUGUUAGAAGAUAAUCCUGUAGAUAAUUUUAAAGACGAAGUAAAAGAUAAAUUUGUCACACUUUACAAAGCGGAGUGGAUGGUGUGGCCGCCGGCACAAAUAAUUAACUUUUAUUUCCUGCCAACUAGAUUUAGAGUUUUAUACGAUAAUACAAUAUCUCUAGGAUAUGACAUUUAUACCUCACAAGUCAAGCAUGGCAAAAAUUUUAGAAGUAAUAAUGCUACUGACAAAAAAUUGUCUUGAUGUUCAAUGAAUUGUUAGUUAAUUAAUUAUUAUUAUUUAAUUGUUUACUAAAUGUAAUUACUUUGUACAUUGUUCUCAAUGGCACAUUAUUGUGAUAAUGUCAUAAUAGUCAAUUGCUAGGGAUGUAAAUAAAUAUUAUUAAGAACUAUAGCUCAGCUGCUGUGAUCAUGUACAAUAUAUUUUAUAUUUUCAAUAAUAGAUAUUUGUUACUAAGAUAUGAAAUAUCAAAUAUUGUUACAAUAGAUAGGUACAUAUCAAAUAUACAAACUAAUUAAUUGUUAAA